AUGUUCACUCCACAAGCUGCUCGCAGGCCGCCUGGCAGUAUGCAGCCUGGUGCUCCUGUUCAAAGACUCGCUGCUUAUGUGUACGAAUAUCUGGUCAUCUCUGGAGCGACGAAAACUGCCGAAGUCUUUAAAGAAGAAGUUUUGAAUAAUGUUCCUAAUGGAGCCAUCAAGCCCAGUGAAAUAGGUCCAGGGUUUCUGCAAAAUUGGUGGAUGCUAUUCUGGGAUCUUUAUUGCGCAGCUCCCGAACGAAGAGAUGGGCCUGAAUGCCAGUCAACGCAGGAAGCCAAAGCUUUUCAUGACUUUGGAUUCGUUCCUGGUGGUUUUGGUCCACCUGGACCGAUGAUGAAUGGAAUGCAUGGUCCUGGGGAAGUCACUGAUAGUGGAGAGACAUUGUUUUGA